GUCCGCCAUUUUGUUUGGCGACGUCGUCUCAUCUCCUCCAAACUCACGCGAUUUUUACGUGAUUCCAGAAGUUGUGAAGACUGCUAAUCACCAUAGACUUACAGAAAUGGAAGAUUCCGGUCUUGAACGUUUCUGCGGAGACCAGUAUGCUGGAGAUCCUGGGAAGGAGAGUAAGCCCACAGAACACCCUGGGAAGGAGAGUGUCAGCAGGGAGACCCCGACAACAGACAUGGGCCUGCAACAGGAAACGUGUGACGUGAACUUUCCCCAACCUGACAACACAUCAACCUCACAGGUACAGGAGAGCAAAGGUGAUAUGGAAAGGCAUGUGGUUAAACACACUGGUGAGAAACCCUACAUGUGUGGGGAGUGUGGGUACAGGACAGAUAGAAAGUACCACUUAUCCAGACAUAUGAGAACCCACACUGGAGAAAGACCAUUCAAAUGCGACCAUUGUGACUUUUCUGCAGCACAGAAAUCUACUCUAGACGAUCAUCUAACAAAACACACUGGUGAGAAACCCUACAUGUGUGGGGAGUGUGGGUACAGGACGGCUCAAAGGUCUAACUUAUCCCGACAUAUGAGAACUCACACUGGAGAAAAACCCUACAAGUGUAACCAGUGUGACUAUUCAUAUGCAGAUAAAUCUGCUUUAGACUACCAUCUAGGAAAACACGCUGGUGACAAACCCUACAUAUGUGGGGAGUGUGGAUACAGGGCGACUCGAAAGAAUGACUUAUCUCGACACAUGAGAACCCACACAGGAGAAAAACCCUACAAGUGUGACCUGUGUGAUUUUUCUGCUGCACGGAAAAUCAAUUUGGUUCAACAUAUGACAAAACACACCGGUGAGAAACCCUACAGAUGUGACCAGUGUGACUACUAUGCUGUACAGAAAUAUAGGUUGGUCGAUCAUUUAAGGACACACACUGGUGAAAAACCCUUCAUGUGUGGGGAGUGUGGAUACAGGGCAUCUCAAAAGUCUCACUUAUCCAAACAUAUGAGAACCCACACAGGAGAAAAACCUUACAAGUGUGACCAGUGUGACUUUUCUGCUAUUGAUAAAUUCAAGUUGAAACAACAUCAAGUAAAACAUACUGGCGAGAAGCCCUACAAGUGUGGAGAAUGUGCAUACAUGACAGCUUAUAGGUCUCACUUAUCCAGACAUAUGAAAACUCAUACAGGGGAAAAACCAUAUAAGUGUGACCAGUGCGACUAUUCAUCAGCACUGAAACAUCAUCUGAUCGACCAUCAAACAAGACAUACCGGUGAGAAACCCUACAUGUGUGGGGAGUGUGGGUACAGAGCGGCUCAAAGAGCUACCUUAUCCCGACACAUGAAAACACAUACAGGAGAGAAACGCUAGAUGCGCGAAGUAUAGGUACAGAAAAGCUCAAAUGUCUAACAACCUAAGCAUGUAAGAACCCACAGAGGAGGAUAACCAUAGAAGUGUUAUCAGUGUAACUACUUUGCAGCUAGGAAAUCUUACCUUUGUCUACUUUUAAUUUGCUAAAAACCUAACAGGGCUUUUGACAAAUGUUCCAGAUAGAGUGCUUUUGUAAAAUAGCUCCUAGGCUAAUUGACGUACUGUAUACGUAAACGUCUUCGACUCAUAGAGGUCGGUUUUGCAUUUAAGAUAGUUCUAGUUUCUGUAUAGCAAGGUAUACUUGUUUUGUUGUUGUAAAAUUUCGAUAAUUUAUGUAUUGUUUGCGCUCAAUGUAAACUUUUUUUGUGAUCAUAACUUCUUUCAACAUCCAUAUAUUGCUUUGAUCUAUUCGAAAGAAUAACGUCUACAACAAUACGUACAUUGUGUAUACUGUUAAUAUGCAUGUACUUGGUACAUGUUGUCUGUUUGUACACUUGUAUUCUUAGUAUGUGUAGCUGAUAUAAAUUUAUAUUAUACUAACAUAUUUGAUAACUUUGUUUAGAUUGUAAUUAAGUGCUGUCAAAAUAAAGUAAGUGUAUGCAAAUUCUGU